AUGUCGUCACAAAACCGUGCUGCAAUCAACCCGGCCGCUCGCGCGCCUCUUGAGGUCAGGGCAGUCGAAACACCCACCCCAGGACCAGGCGACAUUCUCAUCAAGAACGAACUGAUUGCCGUGAACCCGGUCGAGGUCAAUAUUACCAAGAACGAUCUUUUUCAUCCCGAGUACCCAUGCAUAAUUGGAACGUCAUUUGGCGGCACUGUUGUCGCCCUCGGCGAGGAUGUCUCCGAUUUCAAAGUUGGAGACAGAGUCGCUGUCUAUGGUAGCCCAUCACACGGCGACAAGUACGCUGGUUUUCAGGCAUAUGCCCUGGCCAAGGUGGACAUGGCCUGCGUCGUUCCGGAGGGAGUAGAUCUCGCUAUCCCUGUGAGCCUGAUCGGUAACCUGACCACCGUCGUUGGCAUGCUGAGCGCCACAGCCGGCGUACCGAAGCCGAACAUCGAGGGUGAAAAAAUCCCUACCGGCAAGAAGAUCCUCAUCUAUGGGGGAACUUCUAACCUAGGCAGCUUGGCCAUUCAGUACGUCAGUAUGGCGGGCUACAGCGUCGUCACCACUACAUCGCCGAAACACAGGACUUUUGUGGACAAGCUGGGCGCGGACAAGAUCAUCGAUCACACUCAGGAUCGCGAGGUCAUCGUCAGGGACCUCGUCACUGAGGGACCCUACGACGUCAUCGUGGAUACCAUAUCCUAUCCUAAUACAGUCAGCAUGCUCGCCGACGUGGCGACCGCCCAGGGUGGAGGCACGAUCCUCGCUACCUUGCCCCCGUUUGGCCCUGAGGCGCUGCCCAAGGGUGUGGUCCGCCAUUUUUCGUCUUGGCCGUACGCCCUUAACAAGGAGGGUAACGAGCACUGGAUUAGAUGGGCAUUCCAUACCUUCUUUGCCAAGGGCAUCGCGAACGGCAAGCUCUUGCCGACGCGAAUCGAGAGGAUUAGUGGGGGGUUGGAGGCAAUUAACGGCGCCUUGGACACCCUUGCUAAGGGAGUGAGCAACUCCAAGCUUGUGGUGGAACUCGAUAAAUAG